ACAGAGCAAUAAAAUGUCUGUACGAAUUCUAAAUUUCUAUAUAAUAAAGGGUUUUGUUAUUCUUGUUUUUUUUUUUUUGCUUCCAAAAUUUAAUAUUAUUGGGUUACUCUAAAGUGCAAAAAAAUGAACUCUGAAAUGCAAGAAAUGAAUGUGGGGAACAACUUGGCUUUUGAUAAUUUACCGGUUGGGUAUGAUGGUGGGGUGGAUGGUGUUAAUGUUAAUGUCACAAUGCCUCAUUAUACAGUUUAUAGUGCUUCUGAUGUUUCUCUGCAAAAUGGAGAGGCUAAUCUUGACCAGCUUACUUUAUCAUUUCGUGGCAAAAUUUAUGUUUUUGAUGGUGUUACUACUCAGAAGGUCCAAUCGGUUUUUCAACUUUUGGGUGGAUAUGAGUAUUCUCCGGGUACGCAAGCUGUAGGUUCAUCGAGUGCCAACCAGAAGGACUUUGUGGACUAUCCAGUGCGCUGUGCAGAUCCAAAAAGACGUGAAUCCCUCAUUCGAUUUUAUGAAAAGAGGGAAAAGAGAUGCUAUGGAAAGAAAAUCAGAUAUGAUGUUCGCCAAGAAGUUGCAUUCAGGAUGAAGCGCAAGAAUGGACGAUUUGCUCUAAAAGGUUCGACUGGAGCAAAACAGGACGACAAACCGCCAGAAGAAACUUGGUGCAUCCAUUGCGGAACUAGUUCAAAGAACACCCCUAUGAUGAGGCGUGGUCCUGCUGGCCCGAGAACUCUUUGCAAUGCAUGUGGCCUCACUUGGGCAAAUAAGGGGAUAAUGAGGAAUCUCUACAGGGCAUCCUAUGACAAUUCUCUGCUCACAGAACUAGAGGAUGAAGAACAUAAAAACUCCGACAAUGGAGCUCCUGCUUAGGUAGUUUCUUCGUCAGCCUGCCAGUGAUUCCUCAGUUCUGGCAGCUCGACUGAGACUCUGAUGCUUUAGAAAGAGAGUCAUAGCAUAUCAACAUUUCUGCUUAUCCCACUGAAAGAUUUCAUAUAGUUAUUACAGGUACAUUUCAUCACUAAAUUAAAACUUCCUAAACAGCUUGGUAAUACAGUUGAGAACUUUCACAGAUUUUGUUUUUUUCUUUGAAGUUUAUAUUGACAGAUUAACAGCUUAGCUAGAAUUCGUUGGUGAAAGCAAAUCAUCUCUCAUGCACUUGUAAUUACCAGUGUUACUUGAAGUUCAAUACUGACUUGCAGUUCUCGCAUCAAGACCUGCUAUAUUAAGCAGACUUUUCAUCUUAGAUUAGAUCUUGUUACAUAUGCAGCAUCCAGAUUAAGCUUCUUAUUAGCUUUACCAAAACGUGUUUUAACCUUUUGUAUGUCGAACUUUGCCUCUUUGGAUAAUCAUAAUUUAUUAUGUAGUUGCUAACUAGUUAAGAAUGAUCAUAUUAUAUGUAAUGAUCGUAUUAUCUGUACUUUGGAAAUGAAACAA